AUGUCGUCUUUGGCCUUUACGCUUCGUCAAACGGUGGUGCCGGUGGUAACGAAACUCGCUAAGCCACUUUACUUCCCUGUGCGGCGCAUCUACUGUGCCGGGCCGAACUACGACAGCCACGCACGGGAGAUGGGCGGCGUCAUUAACCGCACGGACCCGUUCUUUUUCGUGAAGCCGACAGACUGUCUUGUAACGGACUUUGGAAAUCACACCUCCCCCAGCGCAACCAUCGACAUUCGCUAUCCGCCAGUCACGGAGAGUUACCACCACGAGGUGGAGCUGGUCGUUGCAUUGGGCUACCCAACUGGAAAAGCGGCGGCUUUCUCAGCAGCCUCGCAGGACCCCGCCGACACCCACUAUUCCAACAUGAAAAUCGAGGAGGCGGCGGACAUCAUCUACGCCUACGGCGUGGGGCUCGACAUGACGCGAAGAGAUCUGCAGCUGAUGGCCAAGAACAACGGCAAGCCCUGGGAUCUUGCCAAGGGCGCCGACGGCUCCGCUGUCGUCUCCCCACUUGUCCUCUCUCGUGACCUAAAGGAGGCGCACCCAGAGAUGUUUAUGUCCCCCGAUAAGGAUGAGACCGGUGUGGUGUCCAGCGGAAGUAUUUUCCUUCAAGUGAACCAGAAUGAGCGCCAGCGGAGUGACCUCAACUGUAUGGCGUGCCCCAUUGUGGAGCUGCUUGCACACUUAUCCAAGUAUGUUGCAUUGAAGCCUGGCGAUUUGCUCUUUACCGGGACCCCAUCUGGGGUGAGUGCCGUCCGUCGCGGAGAUGUGAUUGAGGCUGGCAUUCAGGGACUCGGUACGCUGAAGGUGAAUGUUAUAUAG